UAGGAGGAGGAGAAAGAGGAAGAGGAGGAGGAGGAGGAUUAUUCUUUCCCUCCUCUCUCCUCCCUUCUUCUCUGCCUUCUCUUCUUCCCUCUUUCGCCAAGAAGAAGGAGGGAGAAGGGAAGAAGAAGGUGGGAAUGAAGAGACACCGAUUGAGUAGCGUUUUCUCGCAAGAGGAAUUGAAGGAGGUGCAUAAGUUCGGCGAGCGCGGUUCGGGCCUGCGACCCCGAGGCGAGGUGCAAGAUUUCUAUUCGCUGCGGCAACAGUGCCUCGACGGUGGCACUCUGUUCGAGGACCACGAUUUCCCGGCCGAGGACAGCUCCAUCUUCUUCUCCCGCGCCCCCCCUAAGCCCUUCGAGUGGAAGAGGCCGCACGUGAGUCCCUAUUUUGUGAUGUAAUUGGGUGUUUUUUGU